CUCAUGUUUUGAUUUUAAAUAGAAAAUAACCUUAAAAGUUUUAUUAUUUUUGUAAAUUAUUUGCGAAUUUAAACAAUUAAAUUACAAUACAUUAAUUAUAGACAUUCAAAAUGAAACAACAUGCAUUAUCUUUAUCGAAAUCUCUACUUUUAAAUAACAGUGCAAGAAGUCUUACUGCAAAAAGAUGUCUAAGCACCGAGGAAGCUGUAGAGCGUCGCAACCACCUUUUUGUGUUAGAAAAGAAACGGCAACUUGAAAAAGUGGGAAGAAUUGAGAAAAUUGAAGUGAACUACAAAGGCGUACCUAAAGAUUGUACUUUGGUUAUGAACAAGGAUAUUUCUACACCUUACGAUUGUGCGAGGCAUUUCACUGAAUGGCACAUGGAAAAUAGUGCACUGGCACUGUUAGAUGGUACAGUACAUUGGGACAUGCACAGACCACUCACUGAAAGCUGUACAUUACAGUUCCAACCAUUCAACAUAGCAGAGCCACAGCAGGUCAACAAAGCCUUCUGGCGCACGUGUUCUCUGGUGCUGGGCGCAUGUGCCACUGUGGCCUUUAAGAGCACCGUGCCUGCUGUGCUGCACAGCUUCCCCGGACCUGACAUCCGAAGUGGCUCAUUCAUCUACGACAUAGAUCUGCCAUCACUACCGGACUGGCGGCCCAGCCCACAGGAACUGCACACUCUCUCAGCUGAGUAUAUCGGCCUGUGCAGGAAAAAGCUGCCCGUGGACAGACUCGACGUUAGUGAAGAGUUGGCUUUGGAGAUGUUUGUGGAUAACCCGCACAAGACCAAGCAAAUACCUAGCAUUGCCAGGACCAAUGGUAAAGUGACGCUGUACAAAAUAGACAAACACGUGGACAUAUCCAAAGGGCCCAUGAUCAGCAACACGGGGCAGAUCGGCAAAAUGGCUAUCACAGCUGUACACAAACUCACUGGUUCAAGUGAGAGUGAAGUAAAACAGCUGUACAGGUUUCAAGGCGUGGCUCUACCCAUCGGAGUGAUAUUGAACCAUUUCGCCUUCUCCAUACUCAUCGAGAGAGCCAAGAAAUUGAACUCAGCGCGAUCGCCAAUCCAUCCCGUCGUGGAUACGAGGGAGCCUACACAAGAGAGCAUCGCUGCUCGAGCAUAGUAACUUUAUAUAUAAGUAGUAUUUUAAUUGUAGGUAGUGUAUUAUAAUAAGAACUUAAUUUAGAAAUAAAACAAUUUCAAUA